AUGCCUUCCCAAAGACAAGCCAUCCAUGCUGCCUCGGCACCAAAGCCUAAUGGCAAUUAUUCGCAUGUAGUGCGUGAGGGCAAUACCCUACACGUUGGUAAGUGCACACUUGGAGCCCCCAAUCCAAUCAUACCCCUUGUACUAACACCUCCAACCCAGNCUGGCUGGAUGGGCGACGACCCCUCAACAGGAACCAUCGUCUCGGGCGGUAUAUCCGCUCAAACCCAUCAAGCAAUCGCCAACAUCAAAUCAUGUCUGGAAGCCGCAAACUCUUCCUUAGACAAGGUUGUGCGACGCAGAAUCUACAUCAUGGACAUGAAGGAUUUUAGAGAGGUGGAUAGGAUAUGGGCAGAAUACUUUGAAGAGCCGUUUCCUGUGAGCACGUGUGUGCAGGUUAGUGGGUUGGCCAAGGAGGGUGCGUUGGUUGAGUUGGAGGUUGUUGCUGAG